ACAAACGUCGGGUUUUGAUGACGCCAUCACUGGGACUUUCCGGAUACGUCAUUCGGGGCUUCCGAGUUCCUAAGCUAAGCGCUACCCCUGUUGUUCAUGUCGCUAGGCGCCGUAAACGUCGCCUGGUUGCUGCGGAGGACGCACCGACGGAGACCAUGAACACCCCGACGGCGCCCAAGCGCCCCGACGGGUUCGAGUGUUGAGGCGUCGGUCCCCGGCGCGACGGCGGGGCCGCGGGGCGGAAUGUCAACAACGCGGCCUUUGCUCGGAAUGAGGCGAGUCGCCGAGCUAACGUGCGCCGAGCAGCCGGCCGGCGGGCUCCCCGCGGCGGCGGCGGCGGGGCGGCGGCAGCGGCAGCAGCGGGAGGCCCUCACCGUGGACGAGUUCACGGUGCCGGAGGCGAAGCAAGACGAGCUGACGUGCGCCACGGCUCGAGUGGAGCAGGUUUUCAAAGUGACGUUCACCAUCAUCGGCCUGCUGGACCACGCGGGGCCGCCGCACGGCAGCAAAACGCCGCGGCAGAUAUGGCUGCAGCUGCGGGGAACCGGGGACGACGUGUCGAAGGCAAAGGAAUAUGUUCGAGGACUCUGUGACCCAGAGCUACGGAAAGAAGAGCGGUACCCAGCGGACAUGCACUGCAUUUUUGCUGGAGCCCGCGGCCUCUUCCUGGACAGGCUCAUGCGGGACACGAGCGCCGAAGUCGUGGUGCCUGAGCCGGGCCGCCUGCGCCUGCUGGGCCGGGCUGAGCCCGUAGUGAUGGCCCAGAGCCGGGUGCAGCAAUUUGUAGCGCUGUUCCAGGAAAAGCAGAGUCUGCCGAGCGAGAGGGAGCCCGCCGUGAAGCGGGCGUUCAAGUCCUUUGUGGAGGAAAGGGAUGACAAGUACACGAUGGAGCUUCUUCUGCUGCCCAGUGCCCUGAAGGAAGAGCUGCUGGGGCUGGCUCACAGCCCCACGACCGCACUCUCAUCCUCCCGGACGCCGCUCCCGACUGCGGCCGAGAUCGACCAGGACCGCUCGCAGAGCAGCACCCCCGUGACGGAGCUCUCCAACCAAAUCCUCGGCACCAGCUUCGAGGAGAAAGGGGGCGGCGGCGGCAAAGUGGGAGGAGCGACGGCCUCGGGUCCCGAGGGCGCCCCGCUCAACGGCACCCGGCCCUCGCACAAGCGGCGCUCGUCCGAGAGCGAGCCGCGCGACACAAAGAGACAGUACUCCCUGGAGCGCCGGGACGAGUCGCCGGAGCGGGCGAGAGAGCGACAGCGGGACAGAGAGGGCCGCGGCGGCGGCGGCGGCUGCAGAUCCAAAACCCCCUCCACGUCUUCCUCCCUCUCCUCCUCUUCCUCCUCCUCCUCGUCCUCCUCCUCCUCGGGGAAAGCGAACGCCGUGGCCGGCGUGAUCAUGCUGGACGCGAGCGAAGGAGCCUCGGAUGACGGGGAGGCCGUUAGCCCGGAAACCAACCUCCGCUGCUUGGUCAACUUCUUCAGAACUAUGGGUUACGAGCAGGCAGUGGUGGAGCGCGUCGUCAAGGAGACGGGACAGACGGAAGAUACCUUCCUCGUUCUGGAGAGAAUCGUUGAGGAGACCCAGCGUUGUACGGAGGGCUCAAACGGCGGGGAAAAGGAGAGGCGACUGAACUCUGUGCGCUCUCCUGACACUCCCUCCUCCUCCUCAUCGCCGUUGUUGUCUUCGUCGUCCUCCUCUUCCUUGGUCGCUCGGUUCAAAGAGAAGGAGCGCGAGCUGAGCAGAGCAUCGGCUGACCAGGGCCGAUCUAAGGAGAACAUCAAGCCCAACCAGCGCGGAGGCAGCAGCAGCAGCAGCAGCAACGGUCUGGGGCACCGCAGGCAGUGCAGCGGCAGUGAGACCAGCACUCAGCAGGCCGUCGCCAUCAAGCGGAGCUCCAGUGCUCAGGGAGGAGCAGGACGCUACGAGGUGAUCACCAUCGACGACGAGGACGACGACGACGGCGUCGUCCUCGCGAACAGCAGAGCAGCGGACAGUCGGCCGUCGCGCGUGACGACCCUCGCGCCCCACCCGGACGGCCAGUCUGGAUCCAGGACGGACUACUUUGCGCGGGGAGGGGGCGGCGGCGUCUCCCAGAGGGACUUCUUGUCGAGGGGCGGGACGCAGACUUUGGGGGGAGCGGUGAAAGUCGAGGCGGUGACGGCGCUGCGCAGCACGCCUCAGUGGUUCACGGCCAACGCCAACUCCUUGACUUCGACCCCCAGUUCAGCUCAGCCCUCCUCCCGGCCGCCGGCCUCCGCCUAUCAGACCAUCAGCCACACGGGGUCCCACGGGGUCGGAGCCAGGGCCCCCCCUGCCAACGACCCCCCCGUCGCCCCGGUGACCGGCUUCGCUCGUUUCCAUCAGUCGCUGCGGACUCCUUACAGUCUGAAGUUGCCAAAUGAGCCGGGACGUCAGGAGCUCCGACACGUCAUCAUAGACGGCAGCAACGUGGCCAUGGCCCACGGCCUUCAUCGCUUCUUCUCCUGUCGGGGAAUCGCGCUGGCAGUGGAAACCUUUUGGAGGCUCGGCCACAGGGAGAUCACCGUCUUCGUCCCCCAGUGGCGUCAGAAAAGAGACCGCUCCACAACAGAGCAACAUUUUCUAAACCAGCUAGAGGACCUGAGACUGCUCUCCUUCACUCCCUCCAGAGAGGUGUGUGGCCAGAGGAUAUCCUCACAUGACGACAGGUUCCUGCUCCACCUAGCAGAAAAAACGGACGGGAUCAUCGUAACCAAUGACAACCUGAGGGACUUUGUCGACACCUCGGACACCUGGCGCAAGAUCAUUCAAGAGAGGUUGCUUCCGUUUACUUUCGUGGAGGACCACUUCAUGAUCCCCGACGACCCUCUGGGGAAAAACGGACCCCACCUUAACGUCUUCCUGCGUAGGGACGACCGGUGGGCUUCGCCUGCACAUGUCUCUGCGUCGGAGCCGAGAGGAAACCCGCGGAGGGCUCCAGUCUCCCCUCCACCUCUGAGGCCCUCAGACUUCCGGCCUCCCCCCCAGCAGCCGGUUCGCGGCCCGGCGCUCCACUCCGCCGCCCGCCCCCCCGCCUCCACCCACCGGCCGCCUCCCUCCCCGACGCCCCGCCCCGCCACGCAGUGGUCCCACUCCGGCGGCCCCGAAUGGUUCCCGCCCCGCCGCUCCCCGUCCCCCUCGCCCUCGCCCUCGCCCCCGCCCCAGCGGUCGCCGGCGGAGACGACGGAGCUGAAGGGGAAGCUGUACGACAUCUUCCCCGACCAGAAGCAGCGGAUCGACCGCAUCCUCUGCGACAACCCGUACAUGAGAGACCUGAACGCCCUGUCGGGGCUGCUGCUGGGAUGAACACACCUGUCGGCAUAAAACAAUUUGUUUCACCGUUUCUUCCCACCUGACGGUCAUGGGGAAGUUUUUGAUUUUUUUCAAAAGUCACAUCAGCUGCUAUCGACAAAAGGUCUUUUUUUUUUUUUCCUCGGCGGAUGUUUUUCUCGCCCUCGUUUUUUUGGCUUUUAAAGUUGGAUGAACAACACGUCCAGAAACUCAAAAUCUUAAAAAAAAAAAAAAUGCCAUAAUCGUCGAGCAACAGAGUGUUUUUGGUUCCUUCAAUGUGGGCCGAGCACAGGGAGAAAAUGUUGUGGACCAACAGCAGUGGUCAAAGCCUCGUUUCCAUCAGACUCCAAAGCUGUGAGCUAUUUAUUGGUUCCGCGUAUUAGUUCUGCACUCGUUACGUUCCCCCGAUGGGCCGGGCCAAACUUUUUCAACUCCAUUUGUCAGUGAGCGGUUUCAGCAGUCAGCCAGAGUUACGCUUGUUUUUGAAGCGUGUGUCACGAGCUUUAUCGGCUCAUGUUGGACAGAAACCCCCCCAAAAAGUUCAGUUUGGACCCCAGACACAUUUCCCUUCUGGGUACGGCGUCUGAGGACCAUCACUGUGACGUCCCGACCCCCGCCGUCGGAGGUCAUCUGGCCCCUCCGUGCUGCUGCUGUCUUGAAGAUGAUCUCUGAGAAGCUGCUGAAUCUGGAUCUGCUGCCGCGAUCCGGAAGUGGAUUUGAAGCCGCGCUGGUUCCAGUUGUGGUCGACGUUGACCCUGUGCGUUUUGCUCCCGAGUUUUCCGCCUCAUGCUUCAGGUAAUACGCCUGCAAGCGCCACACUACAAGAGUUUGGAUGUAUCCUAUCAGUUUGAGUUAUGAUUCACCUGAAUUUGAAAUAAUUUGUGUAUUUAGGCCAGAAGAAAAUCGUGCAAAGACGACAACCGGUACUGUCAUGAUACAUAUUUUGUGUUAAAUGGCUGAACUCAGUCCACUUUCAUUGAUGGACCCGCAGAGAUCUUGGUGGGUUUUUUUUUUUUUUUACCCUCGUACACCCAGAGAACGCGUGGUGCAGCGUAUUUGUUGUGCAUCAGAGGUUUGUAAUGUAAACCCAUUUGUAAGAAAAAGAGUCUCUGCACAAACAUUUUAUAAGGUGUCUAAAAGUCAAAUUUGUUUGUACUUGCUAUGUUGUUGUAAGGCUCACUGAAGGAUUUUUCUUUUUUUUUUUGUUUGUAAUAUAAUUAUUUUGUGUAUAUCAGUUUUACUUUUUUGUAAAUUCAAGUUGGGUUUUUUUCUGCUACCGUGCACAUAUGGUUUUGUGUAUGUGGGGAAAAAGGAAAUAAAAACCGCAGUUCCAAUCAAA